AUGGUGUCCCUCUGGCCGUUCGGGGGCGAAGAUAACUCCCCCGCCUCCUUCGAAAAAACCCUCUCCACUCUCUCGACCAAAAUCACCCGUGCCACCUCCCGCCUCGACCUUCACCGCCAGCAUGCCCGCCGCUUCAAGGCCCUCUGGACCCUCUACACCUCCUUCAUCUACCUCCUCUACACCGUUAUCCUCGCGCUCGUCCUAGGAUGGCAAAAUUGGGGUGUGAAAGAAUACGCCGCUAUCCUGGGCGGUCCCGUCAUCAUCUACGCAGUCCGCGCAGUAGGCAGCAAGUACUUCGAGUACCGGAUUAACAACACCAAUCGCUACCUCGAUAGUCUCCAGAAGCAGCGCGACGAAACAAUCGAGAAGCUCAAGGUCGCUACGAAAUAUAAUUCCACACAACAGCUGCUCGAGAAAUACGCCGGCGAUUCUCCCAAGCAAGGACAAGGGCGGUCGAAAAACGGCGAUCAGAAACCCAAGUCGGAGGGGAAACGCAAGACGUCGGGACAGCAGCAGCAACAACAGCAGCAACCCCCUGUUCAGAGAACUGGUCUCCCUCCCCCACCUACCGCGAAUAUCCGCCGCCCUGCACCUCCACAACCUGAGCUACCACCUUCACCGUAUCCACCGCAGCAGCAACAGCAGCAGCAAUUUGAAAAGCCUCUUCCCCCUCCUCCACCUGGGCUAGACGAGCCCGGAUUCGCGCCCAACGCCUUCCCCGCCUCACAGCAAUACAUCGAGCAGUCCCACUGGUACGACCGCCUUCUAGACGUCCUCCUCGGCGAAGACGAAACCCAACCGAAGAAUCGCAUCGUGUUGAUAUGCUCGUCAUGCCGACUCGUAAACGGCCAAGCACCACCGGGAAUGAAAACCCUCGAGGAACUCGGCCGCUGGCGGUGUGGAGGCUGCGGUGCAUGGAACGGCGAGGAAAGCGCGGCCAAGAAGGCCCUCGCUGAUAUCAAAGCUGAGUCUGGUCCCGUAGAGGCCGUGUCUGACGCAGAGGCAGAUGUCGAACACCCCUCUUCGGUGUCUGGAACCGAUGACGGUGUUAUUGUGACGAAGGAGGAGGGCCAAGAUCAGAUCGAAACGGGGAGUUCCUCUGGUGCGGAGACGCCCAACGAAGAAGCGGGCGAUGAGCAGGAUGAUGAAGAGGAGGUGCAGCCUGAGCCAGUUCCAGUGCCAGCGCCGAAGACUAGAUCGCAGAAUGCGACGAGGCGCCGUGGACGAAAGGGGUAG